AUGACAUCAAGCACAGGCACCGGCGGUGCCGACGCCGACGACAGAUCUGGUGGAAACGGCGAACGAAAGCGGCGGCACCCGGCAGCGGGGACGGGGGACCAGGGACAGCCGCCGCUGGGCGGGCGAGGGGCGUGUCGGGCGACGGCCCCGUCGAUCGCGCCGGCGGUCAAGAGGACGGAGGAAGCGGAGGAGGCUUCCGAGCGGGAUAACGCCAAGCGCAUCCUGAGGACCCUGGCGACACACCUGUGGCCGAGCAAGGAGCUCCAGGCGGACCACGUGAGCAUCAAGGCGCGGGUAGUGGGAUCACUGGCGCUGCUGCUGGGCGCCAAGCUCGUCACCAUUCAGGUACCCUUCAUCUUCAAAGGCUUGGUGGACACCCUGGGCGAGACGUCUCGGGUGGCGGCAGCGGCGGCGGCGGCGACCGGCGACGCUGUGGUCGCUGGCGGGGUGUCCCCCGAAGCAGCCGUCGCGGUCCCUGUGUCGAUGGUCCUGGGGUACGGGAUCGCGCGCAGCACCGCUUCGGGCGCGCAGGAGUUGAGGAACGUCGUCUUCGCGGUGGUUGCCCAGCGAGCGAUCCGACGAGUGGGUCGAGACGUUUUCGAGCACCUGCACGACCUGGGCUUGAAGUACCACCUCGAGAAGAACACGGGCACCGUUAGCAGAAUCAUAGACCGCGGUGGUCGGUCCAUCCAGUACACGUUGUCUGCGAUGCUGUUCAACGUGCUCCCUACAAUCGUCGAGAUCAGCUUGGUUUCGGGCAUCCUAGCGAGCCAGGCCUCCUGGAAGUACUCGGCCGUCUGCUGCUCUACCAUCGUGACGUACUCCGCCUACACCUUCGGCAUCACGCAGUGGAGGACCAAGUUUCGGAAGCAGAUGAUAGCCCAGGAGAACGAGGCUAGCGCAAAGGUGACCGACUCCCUAGUGAACUAUGAAACCGUCAAGUACUUCAACAACGAGGCCCACGAGGCGUCCCGCUACGAUGAGUCCCUCAAGGGUUUCCAGGAGGCGUCCGUCAAGACGCAGACCUCGCUCAGCAUGCUCAACGUGGGCCAGCACGUGAUCUUCAGCACCGGUCUCACGGCCAUCAUGGCCCUGGCCGCCUCCGACAUAGCGGCCGGGCACUCCACGGUGGGCGACCUUGUCCUGGUGAACGGCCUCCUCUUCCAGCUGGCUAUCCCCCUGGGCUUCGUCGGGAGCACGUACCGCGAGGUCCGGCAGGCGUUGAUCGAUAUGACGGCCAUGUUCAAGAUAUCCGACACGGUCCCCCAGGUGACCGACCGGGAAGGCGCGGCGGAGCUGGUCAACGCAGAUGUCGGGGGCAUCUCUUUCACAGACGUUCGCUUCGGCUACGGGCCCGACCGUGAGAUCCUCAAGGGACUCACGUUCGAGGUUCCUGCUGGCCAGACCGUGGCUAUCGUGGGGCACAGCGGCUGCGGCAAGUCAACCAUCAUGCGCCUCCUCUACCGCUUCUUUGACAUCAACUCCGGGAGCAUUAAGAUCGCCGGGCAAGACAUCAAGGAGGUGUCCCAAGCGAGCCUUCGGCGGGCGGUGGGAGUGGUUCCGCAGGACACAGUGCUGUUCAACGACACGAUCGGGUACAACAUCGCGUACGGCGACCUGUGCGCCGGGACGGAGGAGGUGGAGGAGGCCGCGAGAAAGGCGCAGCUCGACUCUUCCAUCGCCAGCAUGCCGCAGGACGGUGCCGCCCGCUACGCCCGUCGCCAGCACACCCGACCGCGGUACGCCUCCAUACCCUGGAGGCAUGUGCUUGACUUUGUUUCAGCACACGUUCUCUUUCUUUCUCGCCCCCUCAAGGGCUACGGCACCGUUGUCGGCGAGCGCGGCCUGAUGAUCUCGGGCGGAGAGAAGCAGCGCGUGGCAAUCGCGCGCGCCAUGCUCAAGAACGCCCCCAUCCUCCUCUGUGAUGAGCCUACCUCGUCUCUCGACACCAAGACGGAGACGGAAAUCAUGGGCCACCUCAAGACUCUGGGCCGCAACCGCACGAGCAUCAUCAUCGCGCACCGGCUGUCGACCGUGAAGGACGCGGACAAGAUCAUCGUGCUGGACCAAGGGAAGGUGGUGGAGGAGGGGAACCACGCCGAGCUCAUGGCAGAUACAGGUGGCAGGUACUUCGGGCUGUGGCAGGCACAGCGCGCUUGGGCUGCGGAGGAGUCGACCGCCGAAGACCGCGACGGUAGCAGCGGUGGUACUGACAACGAAAGCGGCGGGGGCGAUAGGUCAAGCCCGCCAUAG